AUGUCAUACAACCCCCACGCCCGCUCAGCCUACGCCUCAGCAAACCCGGCCCUCGCUGCACGCUUAGCGGAGAAACAACGCGAGUAUGAAAACCUGCUACAGUUACGGGAUUUGAGUGCUGGGCUCGCUGCGCAGAUGGAGCAGUUGGAAGGGAAGUUGGAGACGUUGACGAAUGGCACAGAAGCUGUCGCGACCGUAUUGGCGAAUUGGCAGAAUGUGUUUAGGGCGAUUAACUUGUCUGCAGGUUUGUAG